AUGGCGGACGGCGGCGGAGGAGGAGGAGGAGGCUGUGGAGGCGGUAAUGGCGGCGGUAACGGCGGUCCGGCCCCGUCCGCGGGGGCCGCGGGGGCCUCGGGGGCCUCGGGACCCGCCGGGGCGGCGGGGGGCGGCGGGGGUCCCGCCGGGGGCCCCCCCAACCCGGCGUCGCUGCCCCCCGGAGACGCGCAGCUGAUCGCCCUCAUCGUGGAGCGGCUGAAGAGCCGAGGCCUGUUCGACGGCUUCCGGCGGGACUGCCUGGCCGACGUCGACACCAAGCCAGCUUACCAAAACCUGAGACAGAAAGUGGACAACUUUGUGUCAACCCACCUGGAUAAACAGGAGUGGAACCCAACGAUGAACAAAAACCAGCUGAGAAACGGGCUGAGGCACAGUGUGGUUCAGUCGGGGAUGCUGGAAGCUGGAGUGGACAGGAUUAUUUCUCAGGUGGUGGAUCCCAAACUAAACCACAUCUUCAGGCCCCAGAUAGAGCGAGCGAUUCAUGAGUUCCUGGCUGCGCAGAAGAAAGAGGAGGUUGUGCCCGCUCCACCCCCAGAGCCUGAAAGUCAGGACCCUCCAGCUCCUUCCCCAGAUGCCUCCUAAGAAUUCGCCUGGUAUGCUAGCCGAAGAAAAUUGGCAGCGGCCAAGUUUAUUCCACCGGACACACAAGACUGCAGCCUCGUAAUGAAGAUAUCCAAAGACUCAGAGUCAGGGAUUGAAUAUGACGGCUCCGCCCCGCUGCCUGGCAGAUUGCCUUACUUGGGUUAAAAAAGACCCCGCUCGGUGGGGACUGUGCCCUUCUGGUUCAUCGCAAGGUCCCCCAGAACCAUCGUGGGAGGCUCUGGGGUGGUGGUUGAGGUGGGCAGGGGGGGCGAGAGGAGUGUGGGUGGCUGAACUUUGAGCCUUGUGAGGAUUGGGACCUAGAUAGAAGACCAGGGGGCCCCAGAAAAUUGUGACAGAAUCUGUAAUUUUGUGAUAGGAAGAGUAGCCUAGCUAGAUUGGGUCCCUAAUGGCAGUAGUAAAUGACUGAAUUGUCGAUCCGGGAAGGAGACGCUUCUUUAGAAAUGAGCUGCUUGGUAGGGCGAAGCUGGCGGGCCAGGGCAGCAGCCAGGGUAGCCCAGCAGAUGCUUCUGAAUUGUCUUGUCUGUUUCUUGGCUUUCCCAGCGAACAGGGGCCUGGCCGAAGCCCGCAGUAAACUGGAAAGCAGGGGCCGGCGGGGAGUGGGCGAGUCUGCCUGCCGGGUCGGGGGGAGGAUGGGGGAAGUCGCUCAGGGGUUUCGUCCUCGGACAGGUUCACCGACUUUAUCCCGGCAGUGUUUUGAACGGGGACGGCCGGGGCUGGGAAUUUGCUGGAGAGAACGGAUGUACGGUCCAUCGGCAACGUCCUUCUCCAUUUCAUAGUAAAACACUUGAAAAACCGGAAA